AUGGAAGCAAGAAAUCUUUCAAUAUUUUCUUUUCUAUCAAAAAAUAGUGCUUUAAAGGCAGAAUUGGUUGCCAAUUCGUUUCCAAGAGAUCCGGACAAACAGGCAUAUGCUUAUAAGCUCUUAUUGAACGUCGAUCCUAACCGCGUUAUCCAGAGAUACGAGUCAAAGAAAUAUGCCCAAAAUUCUACAUGUACAAAUUUUUAUCUUUCAGCGCUGUCCCAAACGGGAAACCUGAAUAGACUUUCUCCUUUGAUCGAGAGAAAGCAAGAGAUAAAGUCUCCCGCGACUGCACCAUCAGACAAAAAGUCCACUGAAAAAUUGAAUAAGCCAAAAUCAACACGCAGGUCACAACCUGCGUUUCCUCUCUCCUCGCCAUUAUCAGCAAUCAAUUUUAAAUUGGGAACGAAAGAUUUUCCCUUGGUGGUGAAGCCCAUAGGCCCAUUCGCUGGAAAUAGGAAUCGUGGUGGAAUUUUUAGACGUUUAUUUUCCAUUCUCUCAAAUAUGGCGCUAAUUGGAGCAGUUGGGUACUUGAUUUUUUCCUACUCUAACAACCAAAAGUUUGCCGGAAUGUCCAUGAAGGUCCAUCAAUUUUUCAAGCAGGAUUCAACUGGGAAAGCUGUCACUUUUUCCGAUGUUCAAGGCUGCGAUGAAGCGAAAGAAGAACUUGAAGAAAUCGUUGCUUUCCUAAAAAAUCCAGAGCGUUUCAACAAACUAGGUGCGCAUUUACCCAAAGGGGUUUUACUGGUUGGGCCUCCAGGAACCGGAAAAACAUUACUUGCUCGCGCAGUUGCUGGUGAGGCAAACGUUCCCUUUAUUUAUGCCUCUGGGGCUGAAUUUGAUGAGUUGUUUGUUGGGAUGGGCUCACUUCGCAUUCGUCAAAUGUUUGAAAAUGCCAAAGAACAGGCCCCUGCAAUAAUUUUUAUUGACGAAAUUGAUGCAAUUGGAUCGAAGCGGAAUCCAAGGGAUCCCCAACAUGCCAGAAUGUCACUUAAUCAGCUCCUAGUGGAGUUAGAUGGCUUCACAGAGGCAAAAGGCGUCAUUGUAAUUGGGGCAACGAAUUUCCCAGAAACAUUAGACAAAGCCCUUCUUCGGCCUGGGCGUUUUGAUAGGCACGUAUAUGUCCCUUUACCGGAUGUCAGGGGUCGAAUGCAAAUUCUAAACUUAUACUUGAAAGAUGUGCCCACUGAUGAGCAGAGCAAGGUGGAUGUCAGUGUACUUGCCCGGGGAACACCUGGAUUCUCAGGAGCAGAUCUUUCUAAAAUGGUCAACCAGGCAAAGAUUCUGGCUUCAAAGCAAGGCCAUUCUUCGAUAUCUAUGUCCAUCCUAGAAGCGGCAAAGGAUGAAAUGCUGAUGGGGCAAGAGCGCAGAUCUGCCGUCAUUGAAGAGAAAAUCAGGCGCCUUACGGCAUAUCAUGAAGGAGGACAUGCUAUCAUUGCACUUUGGACUCCAUAUGCACUGCCAAUUCACAAGGCCACGAUUAUGCCACGAGGCCAGAGCCUUGGGCUCGUAUCUCAACUUCCGGAUGGUGACCAGCUCUCUUUGAGCAAAGCAGAGCUUUUGUCUAAUUUGGACGUGAGUAUGGGCGGCCGCAUGGCCGAAGAGCUCAUUUUUGGAAGCGAAAAUGUAACUACUGGGGCAUCUUCUGAUUUUUCCAACGCUACAAAAGUUGCAAGGGCUAUGGUCAGCAAGUACGGCAUGUCCGAAAAGAUUGGCCCAUUAGCGAUUACCUCUGACUAUGAAUAUGACCGAUUGGGCGAAGACCUCAAAAUGGCAAUUGAUUCUGAAACCAGAAGAAUACUUGAAGAGUCACAGCAAAGGGCGAGGCUAAUUUUAACAAAAAACAUCGGGCAUUUACAUACCCUUGCUGCUGCGUUGCUAGAACAAGAGACGAUGAGCAAAGAUCAGAUAAUCGAAUUAUUAGAGAAAAAUGGUGCCAUAAUUCCAAAUUCACUACGUGGAUCCAGUUGCAACAAGGCAAGCCAUCCUUCCAUAGGCGUGGGCGCAGGCACAACCGAAAGUCGCUUGAGCGUUUUUGAUGCACAAUCUUUAUAUUGUCACAACUAA